AUGUCUCAACAGUUGACCCAUCCCUCCAUCAAAGACGGCUGGUUUGCCGAGAUCUCCGACACCAUGUGGCCCGGCUCGGCCAUGUCGUUGAAAGUCGAGGAGGUCUUGUACUCCGGCAAGUCCAAGUACCAAGACGUCUUGGUGUUCAAGUCCACCAACUGGGGAAAUGUGUUGGUGUUGGACAACUGCAUCCAAUGUACCGAGCGCGAUGAGUACUCGUACCAGGAGAUGAUCACCCACUUGGCCAUGAACCUGCACCCUAACCCAAAGAAGGCGUUGGUGAUUGGCGGUGGAGAUGGAGGUGUGUUGAGAGAGAUUUUGAAGCACUCUUCCAUUGAGGAGGCUUGGUUGUGUGACAUCGACGAGGCUGUCAUUGAGGUGUCCAAGAAGUACUUGCCAGAGAUGUCCAAGUCUUACCAGGACCCUAGAACCAAGGUUCACAUUGGAGACGGCUUCAAGUUUUUGGCCGACUACCAGAACACUUUCGACGUGAUCAUCACCGACUCCUCGGACCCGGAGGGUCCCGCCGAGAGUCUCUUCCAGAAGCCAUACUUCGAGUUGUUGAAGGGUGCUUUGACCGAGAAGGGUGUCAUCACCACCCAGGCCGAGUCCAUCUGGUUGCACAUGGACAUCAUCUCCAAGUUGAAGCAGGACUGUAAGCAGAUCUUCCCUGUUGCUGAGUACGCUUACACCUCCAUUCCAACUUAUCCUUCUGGUACCAUUGGGUUCAUGGUGUGCAGCAAGGACGGCUCCGCCAACGUCAAGAAGCCAUUGAGAAAGUUCGACGAGGACUUUGAGGCCGAGAACUUGAAGUACUACAACUCCAGAGUGCACGAGGCCUCGUUUGUGUUGCCUCAAUGGGCCGACAAGAAGUUGAACAAGGAUCUUUAG